GAACAUGGUAAAAACUCGAAUGAUUACCAAACAUUGUCCAGAGUGUGAGGUUCAGGUGGCGAUUGCAUCGAAAAAAUGUUCCUGCGGGCAUGUCUUCAGCAUGAGACAGUCGAGCGUGACGGUGUACGAACCGCGUUCGAAAACAGGAAAACGUAAAGCUGCCCAAGCUGCUUCCGCCAGUUCCAGUGAUGGUCGCAAAGGUUCCGGUCAGGUGCAACGCAGACGUACAGGUCGGGUUCGUCGUGAGAAACCAAACUACUAUGACUCGUUGCAGUACGAAAAGAAGAAAAAGAAAACGAAGAAAUCGUCCAAAUCAUCGUUGUUCAAGGGAAAGGACGCAAAGCAGACACAGUUGAUUACCGCAAAAGAUACACAGGCUGCAAGGGCUAAUCGCCAUGCAAACCGUCGCGCCAAAAAAGAAGAGAUAGAUGGCGGUGGAGACCUGGCUGCUAAGCUGCCGUUGGAUAAGCAAGAAGUAGCAUCCAUAAUACUAUCAGAAAUUAAUCGCAAAAUUGGAUCUGUGGUGUGGACGCAGCCAUAAGUGCGUUCGUCACGCUAUUUAAGAAAAUUCUAUUGCC